CAGCUUUCAUCAAAAUUCAAAACCAAAGCCACCAUGAAACUCCAUUUGGCCACUGGCCUGGUGUUUUUCCUUGCGACCGCCGAAGCUGUAGGAGCUUCAAGCUGGUGGAGCAAAGCUGUAUACAAUAAAUGGCACGAGACAGAGCUUGAGAGAUGGCUAUCGGAUCAUGACAUUCCUUACCCUGCUCCCGCCGACCGCAAGGACCUCGAAAACUUGGUCAAGUCCAACUGGGAUUCCAAGGUACAGAAGCCCCUUGGCUCAGUCGCUGAUCACUUGUCGGACGAGCUUCAGUAUGCUAAAGAAUGGGUGUUCGAUACUUGGUCGGACUCACAACUGAAAUCAUUCCUCGAUUACCACGGCAUUCCUGCACCUCAGCCCCGCAAGCGCGACGCCCUCAUCAAGACCGCUCGUGAAAACUACGAAAAUGUCGCCCAAAAGGUUGGUGAGACGGCCGCAUACCCUGGUAACUGGUUGUAUGGACAGUGGUCCGAGUCCGAUCUGAAGGAAUGGCUCGAUGAGCGCGGAUGGCCCGUCCCCCAGCCUAGCAGCCGCGACAAGCUCAUCGCCAUGGUGCGCCGCAACUCCCGAGCUGCUAGUCUCCAGGCACGCGCCCUUACUGCGUCUGCCAGUGCGUCUGCUGAAGCUGCGAAGGCAUCGCUGAGUGAAGAACUAUUCAACGCCUGGUCCGACUCUAGGCUUAAGGAGUUCCUCGAUGAGCACAAUGUGCGAGUCCCGCAGGGUUCCAAGCGCAAUGAGCUUAUUGCCCUUGCUCGUAAGCACCGCGCUUAUCUGCUCGGUCAGGCUGCCAGUGCAUCUGCUGCUGCCUCCGAGGCUAUCGGUGCUGCUACUACCAAGGCUGGAAAUCAGUAUGCCCGGGCAACGGAUGAUGUCAAGCUCAAGGCAGAGGAUCAGUUCGAUGCUGCUGUCAAGACGUGGUCUGACUCCCGCCUCAAGGCAUUCCUUGAUGCUCGUAGUGUCCCGGUUCCUCAGGCUGGCAAGCGUGAUGAACUCAUCGCCGCUGUACGUGCUAGUGCGCACCGGGCUGCUGGUGGUUGGAACCAGUACAACUUUGACACUUGGGACAAGGAGCAUCUCCUUAAAUAUUUGUCUGCUGUCAACGCCAAGGCUGCGAAGAAGGCCGAUGCUUCUCGGGAAGAAUUGGCUAAGUAUGCUCAGGAAAAUUAUGACCAGGCUUCCAAGGUCGGCGGCGAUAAAUACGCAUCGGCUACUGCUGCUGCCGCACAGGCUACUGGUCAUGCCAAAGACGCCACCUUUGAGCAGUGGUCGCAAUCUGAUCUCAAGAAAUAUCUGGACUCGUACGGUAUUCCGGUGUACCAAGGUUCCAACAUCAACGAGCUCCGAGCUGCCGCUCGCCGUCACGCUACCUACUUCAAGUAUGGCACAACAAACCCCCAGGACACCAUUUAUGCCAAGGUCGUAGACACCUUGCAAUGGGCCUUGGAGCAACUGAAGAUCGGUGCCUCCAGUGGUCGGGCCCAGGGCCAGGAAGCCGCUGAAAAAGUCCGCGAGAAGGCAUCCGAGCAGACCGAGCGCGUUCGCAGUGAGCUGUGAAGCUGGAGAUGC